AUGACAACCUCAUGGAGCGACCGACUCCAGAAUGCAGCAGAUCUCCCUGCAAACAUGGAUGGGCACGCUCUGAAAAAGUACCGCCGGGAAGCCUAUCACAGGGUCUUUGUAAACCGAAGUUUAGCCAUGGAAAAGAUAAAGUGCUUUGGUUUUGAUAUGGAUUAUACACUUGCUGUGUAUAAAUCCCCCGAAUACGAAUCUCUUGGAUUUGACCUGACCGUAGAAAGAUUAGUUUCCAUUGGAUACCCUCAUGAGCUGCUCAAUUUUGUGUAUGAUCCUGCAUUCCCUACCAGAGGCCUGGUGUUUGAUACCCACUAUGGGAACCUGUUGAAAGUUGAUGCCUAUGGGAAUCUCCUUGUGUGUGCACAUGGCUUUAAUUUCCUCAGAGGGCCUGAAACACGGGAUCAAUAUCCAAAUAAAUUUAUCCAGAGGGAUGACACAGAUAGGUUUUACAUUCUGAACACGUUAUUCAAUCUACCAGAGACCUACCUAUUGGCUUGCCUAGUGGAUUUCUUUACUAACUGUGACCGGUACACUAGCUGUGAAACGGGGUUUAAAGAUGGAGACCUCUUCAUGUCCUUCAGGAGUAUGUUCCAGGAUGUCAGAGAUGCUGUUGACUGGGUUCAUUACAAGGGAUCGCUCAAGGAAAAGACCCUUGAGAAUCUGGAAAAGUACGUGGUGAAAGAUGGGAAGCUGCCGCUGCUGCUCAGCCGCAUGAAUGAAGUUGGGAAGGUGUUUCUCGUCACAAACAGCGACUAUAAAUACACAGACAAAAUUAUGACUUACUUGUUUGACUUUCCACACGGACCAAAGCCUGGGAGUGCCCAUCGGCCAUGGCAGUCCUACUUCGACCUGAUCCUGGUGGACGCGCGAAAACCUCUCUUCUUUGGGGAAGGCACUGUGUUGCGGCAGGUGGACACGGUGACCGGGAAGCUGAAGAUCGGUACCUACACAGGCCCACUGCAGCACGGCAUCGUGUACUCAGGAGGCUCCUCGGACACAGUCUGUGACCUGCUGGGGGCCAAAGGGAAGGAUAUCUUGUACAUUGGAGACCAUAUCUUUGGAGACAUCCUCAAAUCCAAGAAGCGCCAGGGUUGGAGGACCUUCCUGGUGAUCCCCGAGCUGGCGCAGGAGCUGCACGUCUGGACAGACAAAAGCGCCCUUUUUGAAGAGCUGCAGAGUCUCGACAUUUUCUUGGCUGAGCUAUACAAGCAUCUGGACAGUAGCAGCAAUGAACGCCCUGACAUCAGCUCCAUCCAGAGACGUAUUAAGAAAGUGACCCAUGACAUGGACAUGUGCUACGGGAUGAUGGGGAGCCUCUUCCGCAGCGGCUCUCGGCAGACCCUGUUUGCCAGCCAGGUGAUGCGCUAUGCCGAUCUCUAUGCAGCCUCCUUCAUCAACCUCCUCUACUACCCCUUCAGCUACCUCUUCAGAGCCGCCCACGUCCUGAUGCCACACGAGUCCACGGUGGAGCACACGCACGUCGACAUCAAUGAGAAGGAGUCGCCGAUGGCCACGCGCAAUCGCACCUCAGUGGAUUUUAAAGAUUCUGACUACAAGCGGCAUCAGCUGACCCGCUCCAUCAGUGAGAUCAAACCUCCCAACCUCUUCCCCCAGGCACCUCAGGAAAUCACACAUUGCCACGAUGAAGACGACGAUGAGGAAGAGGAAGAGGAGGAAGAAGAGGAGGAAGAGGAAGAGGAAUAAGAAGGAAAAAGCAAAGCAUCUCUGAAGACAAACCGUGACUCUAGCAGUGCUCAGGAGCGGAUUCCUUUGUUGGGGCCCUUGGGGUGAUGGGUUGGGGGGGUGAGAUUCUUGCGAAGGCACAUUUUCAAAGUGUCCGGAAACCUUUUACAGAUUAACACUAAUUAGGAGGAGACCCUUGUUUUCAGUUUUGCAGACGGUUCAAAAAGCUGAUG